AUUGUUUAUUAUAUUCAGAACAUUCAAAACAGUAUAAAAGUAAUAUAUUAAUCAUUAUUUGUAAUCUUUAUUGUUGUUAAUUGAUUCAGUGUAUAAGGACAGACAUUUUAAAUACAUAACAAUAACUACAUAGUAAAAUUGUAAUGAAGUGUAUUUCAAACUUCAAUAUUUGAAGUGGCAGUCCAUUUUGAUUAUAAACCAGAUCAGCACUUAAAAAGGUAUCCCCCUUCAGGGUAUUGAACCCUGAUCUCCGGCAUGACACAGACCAGUCACUUGAGAUCUCGGUUUUUUUUUUUUACACCUAUUCGGGAAUGGCCACCCUUCGGCGAGAGUGGUAAAUGCAACUAUACAGCCAGGAGCACAAUAUUAUGCGUGUGGCAUUAAAGCAUACACACUUUACCCAGUGCCUGCUGUACAGUGGACAGUUAACAUUUAUUUGGUUUGAAGACUUGCAUGACGUGUUUGAAAACUAACUUGCUUCCUGCUUCACUUCGCUGAACUUGCUAGAAGAACGGGUACCACGUGACGCCUAGGGCCUCCGGUCUGUUUUCCUCUAGAGUCGGAGAGAAGAAAGAUGGCGACUGCAUGCAAUCGUAAACGGAACGCUAGUCAUUUGUUUUGAGCGUUACCACUCAAACCAAAACCGGGGAUUGACGGGACUACAGCUUCGAUACCCUCACAAGACAAGCUUUCCUACGGUGCCCGUUUCCUGGGCUCUGUUUAAACUGAAUAAAGCUACAAUUGAUACUAACAGUCCCAGGUUUAUCCAGCAUGAGGGGGAGGAGAGGCAGGCCGCCCAAAACCCCGCCGGCCGAGGAGGCUUGCACCGGGCCGGUAAGAGGUCUAAGACCUCGCCGAGCAGUGCGGGAGAAGCCGAGCAGCAGUCCCGAAUCCGAACUUGAGAGCCCCAAGAGAGGCCGUGUCAGCACGCGGGGCAAAAGGAAGGCACGGGCAUCAUCGGCGGGCAGGGGCAAAGGGAGAGGCCGGGUUAAAGGUGGCAGAGGCAGGAGCAGGAGGACUGUGGCAGGAUCGGUGGUCUAUGAUGACCACGAGAGCGAAGAGGAAGACGAUGCCGUGAGUUUGAGAUCUGAAGAGGAAGAGAUUGUUGAAGAGGACCCGGUAACAGACGUGGAAGAAGAGACGGUUAACGAGGAGUCUGACUGCCUUGAAGACGUUCUCGAGGAGGAUGGUGAUGAUGCUAGCUUCUGCACCGACAGCAGCUUUCGUAGCCAAAGCACUCCCGGCCGUAAGAAGAGGGUGUCCAGAGCAAUGUGUCCCGUGUUGGAGGAGAAGAACGUCCCCCCCCUGGUUCUACCUCCCAGCUCAGAGGACCUGCUGCUUCCACCCCCCCUGCUGCUCCCUGUGGCCUCUGUCUACGAGGCCCUGCGCACUUUCUCCUCCGCUCUGCGCCUCUCCCCCUUUCUGUUUGAGGACUUUUGCGCGGCGCUGGUGGGGCUGGAGCAGGGCCCCCUGCUGGCUGAGACGCACACUGCGCUGCUCAGAGGCAUACUGCGGGAGGAGGAGUCCAGCAACACCUGGUUCGGCCCGGCUGACCUGAGGGACAGCACCAACUCCACCCUGUUCUUCCUGGAUGGGAUGACGUGGCCCGAGGUGGUGCGGACCUACUGCGAGAGCGACCGUGAGUUCCACCAUGUCCUUCCCCACCAGGAGGGGGAGGGCUAUCCCUGUGGACCUCCGGCCAGCAAGGUGAAGGUGCUGCAGUUCCUGGUGGACCAGUUCCUCACCACCAGCCUGGCACGAGACCAGCUGAUGUCCUCAGAGGGAGUGGUUGCCUAUGACGACCACUGCCGCGCGUGCCAUCGCCUCGGCGACCUGCUGUGCUGCGAGGCGUGCUCGGCCGUGUAUCACCUGGAGUGUGUGGUGCCUCCGCUGGCUGCUGUGCCGGAGGACGACUGGCAGUGUGAGGUGUGUGUGGCCCACCAGGUGCCGGGCGUGUGUGUGUCUGACACCCAGCGGUCCAGACCUUACCUCCGCCACGAGCCCCUGGGAUAUGACCGACACCACAGGAAGUACUGGUUCCUCAACCGCAGGAUUAUAGUGGAGGAGGAGGCGUGUGAUCCGGAAGCCUGUGGGGGCGUGUGGUACUACAGCACCAGACUGCAGCUGCAGGAGCUGUUGUCCCAGCUGGACCCUGCGUACUGGGAGGCUGAUCUGGUCUGCAGCCUGGAGGAGCAGAUGCAGGAGAUCCACCACCACAUGGAUGUGACCAUGGAGCUCACCUGCAAUGCCCGCAAACACAACCCUGACUUCCUCUCUGCUGCCAAUGAGGAGGUACAGAAGCGACUGAGGGCCAGAGAGGAGGAGAGGAGACGUGAGGAGGAGAGAGAGAAACUGUCUGGAGAGCAAGACAACACACACGAGAAGCAGCUGGAAUCAGAGUCCCGUGAUGAGAACGACCCUGUUCAGCCCCAGUCUGACUCUGCAGGCCCCAGGAGGCCAGAAGGACCAGCCUCGUGUGACGGCCUCUCCCAGUCCUCCUUCACCAACCAGGACGUGCCAGCUGAAGGUCGGGAGCAGGUAAAUGGACAGGUGAGCCAGCAGAGGAGUCUGCAGAGCAGCAGAGCAGGAAGCCCCACUCCCCGGGACAGUAAGGAGGCCUCCACUACCCCGGCUGGGGGCUCGGCCCGGGGGCAGCGGUUGGCGCAGGAUGGCCUGUUCAGGCUGGGCCAGGAGGGGCAGCACCGGCAGUACCAGAACCAGUACAACACCAACACACUGGCCCUCAACAAGCACCAGCACCGUGAGGAGCAGGACAAGCGACGCCAUCUCUCCCACAAGUUUAGCCUGACGCCGGCGGCUGAGUUCCAGUGGAGCGGCUCGGUCCACGGGAGCCAGCCCCAGACCGUGUCCACUCUCAGGCUCACCAUCGUGCAGCUGGAGAGCAGCCUGCCAGCCGUGUUCAUGCACCCCAACUGGGCCUCGCACAGGAACAACUGGACCAGAGCGGUGCACAUGUGCAGCAAGGCCCGGGAGUUCUCCCUGGCCUUGGCCAUCCUGGAGUGUGCCAUCAAACCCGUCGUCAUGCUGCCGGUCUGGAGGGACUCGCUAGGGCACACCAGACUGCGUCGUAUGACGGCGGUGGAGCGUGAGGAGAAGGAAAAGCAGAAGAAGAGGGAGAAGAAGCUGGAAGAUGAGGAGACCAUGCAGCAGGCCACCUGGGUCAAAUACUCUUUCCCUGUCAAACACCAGGUGUGGAAGCAGAAGGGUGAAGAGUACAGGGUGACGGGCUACGGAGGGUGGUGCUGGGUCAGCAGAACCCAUGUGCCUCGCUUCCUGCCCCGGUUACCCGGCAACACCAACGUCCACUACCGAUCUGCCUUGCAGGCCUCAACCCCGGCUACAGCCUCUUCCUGCCCUUCAGAGAAGGAUGAACAGAGCAAGACGGAGGAGAAGGAUGAACAGAGCAAGACGGAGGAGAAGGAUGGACAGAGCAAGACGGAGGAGAAGGAUGAACAGAGCAGGACGGAGGAGAAGGAUGAACAGAGCAAGACGGAGGAGAAGGAUGGACAGAGCAGGACAGAGGAGAAGGAUGGACAGAUCAGGACGGAGGAGAAGGUGGAGGAUGACCCAGUAGACACCUGUCCCGAUGAGCCGAAAGGUGAACCACAUGGCACAGGACCCACCCACCAGGCUGUGAAGGAGGAGCCUAGAGAUGAUCAGGUGACCAACAUGGAGGUGGAGUCUGGGGCCCAGAGAGACUCCAGAUCAGGGGGGUCUAGACCAGGGGAGUGUAGACCAGGCUGCCCGUCAGGCUCGCGUCCCGGGUGCUACGACUUGGUGAACGUGAGCGAGGGCCUGCAGCUGAGGACGGCCUACAGGAAGAAGGUGAAGUCCUCCCGCCUGGACGGCCUUCUGGAGCGCAGGGUCAAGCAGUUCACCCUGGAGGAGAGACAGAGACUGGAGAGGCUGAAGAUGUCCUACACCCAGACCAGGACCUCAGCCCUCUCCCUGGACACCCAGACCAGGACCUCAGCCCUCUCCCUGGACAGCCAGACCAGGACCUCAGCCUCUUCCCAGGCUAUGGGGUCACUCCAAGCAGCACCGAUGGCACGAGACGAGGUGGUCAAAUGGCUGAAGUUUGACCAGGAGAAGAUGGCCGAUGAACAGAAUAUUUCAGGAGAGACAGACACCCUGAAUGUGGGGUUAGGCUCCGCCCAGCCCAAUGCUAAAGGACCAAUGGGGGAGCUGAGAGGAGGAGCCACUGGGACAGCCAAUCUUGUCCAUGGGAAUGGAGAGUCCCAGAGACGCUUGGCAGCUGAGCGGACGACGUCUGGAGCAGAGAGGACCGCUCUGCCCUGCCAGACAGGAGACAGCGGACUGAGAAACAGCCAGGUGAAUGGGGGGGGUGGGACCAGCAGCCUAGAGGCAGGUGACGGAGCCCAGCCUUGCCCGGGGGCGGGGCCAGGAGAGGGGGCGGGGCCUGUCCCAUCCCUGAUGAAUGGCGGCCCACAGGCCAGCCUUAAGCUCAGCAAUCCUGCACUUCCCAGCAGCCCUGUGGUGGCCGGGGCUGGAGACCAGAGAAGCCCUGCGGGUGACCCGCCCCCGGCUAAGGUCCCAAGACUGGACCCCUACACAGAAGCCGUGAUGAACCACACAGAUGGUGCCGUGCUUCCCCGAGAGACGGGAGGGACCUCGUCCAGCAAGGCCCCUCCCAGCGAGGACUCGGCAGAGAGCAGGCGGCUACUCACCUCCAGCUCCUCAACUGUGUCCACACAGGCCAGGCCUCUGCAGCCAGCCCCGCCCUCCCUCACCUUCUCCCCCCAGAACAUGGUCCCUCACCUCCACUCCCCUGCCCUGGGGGUUGUCUCCCAGGAGACCAGAGCCGUCGCCACGGCUAGCGUCUCACGGGGUGGAGCGGGGAGCUCCAUGUCGGUGUCCAGGGAGUACUCCACCAGGGGACGGGUGCGUCUGCUCCGCCCUGCCCGCGGACGCAGGGCCCGCUCGGGCAUCGCCUUGCCCUCCUACCGCAAGUUUGUGACCAAGAGCAGUAAGAAGAGCAUCUUCGUCCUGCCGAGCGACGAGCUGCGGCGUCUGGCUCGCAAGGCGGGCGUCAGAGAGGUGCCCGUCUUCAACUACAGCGCCAAGCCAGCGCUGGACGUCUGGCCCUACCCCUCCCCCAGACCCACUUUUAGCAUCACCUGGAGGUACCGUCUCCAGACUGUACGUUCCCUAGCAGGGGUCAGCCUGCUACUGCGGCUGCUGUGGGCAUGUCUCCGCUGGGACGAUAUGGCCGUCAAGCCCUCCUCCAAUGCAGGCACCUCCAGGAAAGAGACCACGGACACUGAGAGCACCACGACAGAGAUCAUUAAGCGCCGGGACGUGGGCCCCUACGGUAUUCGCUCUGAGUUCUGCAUCCGGAAGAUCGUCUGCCCUCUGGGUGUCCCCGACGCUCCUAAAGACACCCCGACCCCCCAGCGCAAGGGGCUCCGCUCCAGCGCCCUGCGCCCCAGAAAGGCCACCCCCACCAAGCAGACGGGCCCUGUCGUCAUGGAGACCUGGGUGGCGGAGGAGGAGUUGGAGCUGUGGGAGAUCAGGGCCUUCUCAGAAAGGGUGGAGAAGGACCGUCCGCACACGUCAGAGGAGGUGAAGGCUGAACUGGAGAUGCAGCUUAAACAGCAGAGGCUGGCGGCUCAACAGAAGCGUUUAGAGCAGCAGAGGUAUGGCUCUUCUGUCUCCUCCUCCACCCCUGGGGGUCAGAGAGUCAUGGGGGGGUCACCAGCACCCCCCAGCUUCAGGCUGGCCACGCCCCCCUCCCCCCAGCCCUCCAGGAACUUCCAGCAGAGUUUUGCUUCCUGGGUGUCAGAGGGGCACAGCAGCACUCCAGAUGGGGCCCAGCAGAAGACUCCCUCCACUCUGCGCACCUACAGCACCCGCCACCCCACCACCACCUUCUCACCCCGGCCCUCCGCCCUGGACAACACAGACCAGGGUCAUGUGACCCAGCGAGGCCAGUCUGCCUCCAGCCCCGCCUCGGCACCCACAGUGGAGGUCCCUGCGCCCCCUGCACCGGUCCCGGCCCCCCACGCCCCCACUUCAGUGGCCCCAGACACCCAGACCCCCCGCCCCCAGCAGGGCCAGGUCAAGCUCACCUUGGCUCAGCUAACACAGCUUACACAGGGUGCUCAGGGCUCCAGCCAGGGGCUGACGGUGGUGAUCCAGGGCCAGGGCCAGACCAGGGGCCAGCUACAGAUCCUCCCCCCAGGGGUGGCUGUCCUUCCUGGGCUGGGACAGCAGCUCAUGCAGGCUGCCAUGCCCAAUGGCCAGGUGCAGCGCUUCCUCUUCACCCCUCUACCCCCUGCCUCUACACCAGCCUCUACACCUGCCUCUAAAACCACCUCCACUCCUCCCUCUACCCUCACCCCUGCAUCCAACCCAGCCCCUGCCUCUACUCCCACCUCUACACCCACCUCUAUCCCAGCCUCUGCCUCUAAAACCACCUCCAAUCCUGCCUCUACCCUCGCCCCUGCCUCUUGUACCACCUCUACCUCUAGCACCGCAUGUGCAUCCACAACCAUCUCCUCCCCUGCCUCUACAACCACCCCUGCCUUUACAACCACCCCCGCCUCUACCCCCUUACCUAUCUCUACCCCCACCCCUGCCAUUAAAAUCACCCCCACCUCUAGCUCCGCCCAUGCAUCCACAACCAUCUCUGCCCCUGCCUCAACUUCCGCCCCUGCCUCUAAAACCACCCCUGUCUCUGCAAUCACCCCCAUCUCUAAAACCACCUCCACUCCAGCCUCUACAACUCAUCCUUCAUCUGCCUCUGCAGUCACCUCCACCCCCUCUCCUAUAACCACUUCAGCCUCUACGACCAUCUCAGCCUCCACUCCCACCACCUCCUCUGCUUCAUCCUUGUCUGCCUCCGCCCUGGCCUCCACCCUGGUCCCGGCCUCCCCCGUGGCUACAGCCUCCACCCUAGCCCCAGCCUCCACUCUGAACCCAGCUCCAGCCUCCACCAUGGCCCCAACCUCCACCCUGGUCCCAGCCUCUACACUGGCCUCAGCUCCAGCCUCCACCAUGACCCCAACCCCGGCCUCCACCAUGGCCCCAACCUCCACCCAGGCUCCGGCCUCAGCUUCAGCCUCCACUAUGGUCCCAACCUCCACCCUGGUCGCAACCUCCACCCUGGUCCCAGCCUCUACACUGGCCUCAGCUCCAGCCUCCACCAUGGCCCCAACCCCGGCUUCCACCAUGGCCCCAGGCUCCACCCAGACUCAAGCCUCUACACUAGCCUCAGCUUCAGCCUCCACUAUGGCCCCAACCUCCACCCUGGUCCCAGCCUCUACACUGGCCUCAGCUCCAGCCUCCACCAUGGCCUCAACCUCCACCCUGGUCCCAGACUCCACCGUGUCUCCAGCCUUUACUUUGGCCCCAUCCUCCACACUGGCUCCAACCUCCGUGGUGGGAUCUGCAGUGUCCUCAAGCUUAAGAUGGGCUGUGAGGCCCUCUCUGCAGCCCAGGUGGAGGGCAGCAUUCCAGACCCCAGCUUCCUCCCAGCCUCCACCCAGCCUCCUCCCCCCAGCCUCCUCUCAGACACCGGCUCAGCCAGCAGGGGCUCCUGUUCCUGCCCCUGUCUCCAUACCUGCCCCUGAAGCUGCCCCUGUCUCUGUUCCUGCCCCUGUCUCUAAACCUUCCCCUGUCUCUGUACCUGCCCCUGUCUCCUUACCUGCCUUCCAGACCCCAGCCUCUCCUCACCUGGUCUCCCCCACCAUCACCCAGACCACAGUGAAUUAUGCCCAGGCCCAGGCUCAGAACCAGGCCCAGCACCAGGCCAAGGUCCAGACCCAGCUGAUCAUGGUGCAGACAGGGCUGCACCAGCAGGUCCAGGUGCUGUCUGCCCUGCCUCCUCAGCCUCAUCCACAGUUCCAGCCUCAUCCCCAGCCAUCGCCCCAGCCUCACCCCCUGCCCGGAGGAGCCCAGCCGCUCAGGCUGCAGCUGCCCAUCCAGAUCCGUCCGGCACCAGCAGUUCAGCUGCAGGCCCAACAGGCGCCAAACUUUGUGACCAUUCAGUCAUCUGCUGUCGCAAAACAGAUCCAACCUCAACACCUCCGGAUCCAACCCAACUCCAGACAGGAACCCAACACCUCCAGCUCCAGACACAAGCCCAGACAGGAACACAACACCUCCAGCUCCAGACACAAGCCCAGACAGGAACCCAACACCUCCAGCUCCAGACACAAGCCCAGACAGGAACCCAACACCUCCAGACCCAACCCCAAACAGGAACCCAACACCUCCAGCUCCAGACACAAGCCCAGACAGGAACCCAACACCUCCAGCUCCAGACACAAGCCCAGACAGGAACCCAACACCUCCAGCUCCAGACACAAGCCCAGACAGGAACCCAACACCUCCAGACCCAACCCCAAACAGGAACCCAACACCUCCAGCUCCAGACACAAGCCCAGACAGGAACCCAACACCUCCAGCUCCAGACCCAACCCCAGACAGGAACCCAACACCUCCAGCUCCAGACCCAACCCCAGACAGGAACCCAACACCUCCAGACCCACUGUUUCCAGUCCCAGCAACACCAGGAUGCUAAGGAGGCCAAGGAGGAGGAGGAGGAGGGAGGAGCGCAUGGAGGAGGAGGAGAGGAGGAGGAGGAAGGAGGAGGCUGAGGAGAAGAGACGCUCCAAGCAGAGUGUCUGCAGAGUGUCGGCAGGGCUCUAUAGACACAAGGAGCACCUAAAGCAGGAGAUCCUGAACAAGAGGGCUUUGCUGGACAAGGAACUGAAGCUGGAGGUUCAGGAGGAGUUGAGGAGGGACAUCAGCCGACUGAGGAGGGAGAAGGAAAGAGCACAGGCAGCAAUCAACCAGGCUGCUUCCUCCUCCUCAUCUCAGUCCUCUUCUCACUCCUCCUCUCAGUCCUCCUUUCAGUCCUCCUCUCACUCUGCACAUAAACGCAAGGGGGAGGAAGAGAAAGAUGGAAGCCGGCAAAGAGAUGGAGAAAGGGACCAUAAAAGACAGAGAGAUUCCUAUAUUGAUGGAGACAGAAACAGAUAUGUAGACAGGGACAGAGGUAAACCUAGAGAUGGAGAGAGAGUCAAAUACAAAGACAAAGGGAGAGAUCGGGCCAUGGACUCCUCCUGUUCUUCCAAGCCCAAAAAGACGGUGGUUUCUACCUCAGGAGAUCCUAGGAGAGACCCCAACCUGUACUGCGUCUGCAGAACACCAUAUGAUGAGUCUAGGUUCUACAUUGGCUGUGACCUGUGUUCUAACUGGUUCCACGGUGCAUGUGUGGGGAUCACCGAGCAGCAGGCCCGUCUCCUGGACGACUACGUCUGUGCCGACUGCUCGCGUGCGCAGGAGGGCGGUGUGGGAAAAGAGGGCAGGGCAGGGAAGGAGGGCGGAGACAGCACGGAGGAACUCUACUGUAUUUGCAGGACACCUUAUGAUGAAGCACAGUUUUAUAUUGGCUGUGACCGCUGCCAGAGCUGGUACCAUGGGCGCUGUGUGGGCAUUGUGCCAAGCGAGGCAACGCACAUUGACACGUACGUGUGCCCACCGUGCCAGGCCACGCAGGACACCACCGUGCUCACGCCGCUCACCGCGAAGGACUACGAGGGCUUGAAAAGGAUACUGCGGGCCUUACAGGCUCAUAAGAUGGCCUGGCCCUUCCUGGAGCCUGUGGACCCUGGAGAUGCCCCUGACUACUAUGGAGUCAUCAAGGAACCAAUGGACUUCUCCACUAUGGACGCCAGGCUGCAGCAGCGCUACUACAGCAAGCUGACGGAGUUUGUGGCCGACGUGACCAAAGUUUUUGAAAACUGCCGCUACUACAACCCCCCCGACUCCCCCUUCUACCAGUGUGCCGAGCAGCUGGAGGAUGUGUUCGUGCAGAAGCUCAAGAGCUUCAAAGCGGGCAGGUGGUCUUCUCAGGUGUGAGGGUGUUGAGGAUGGGACAGGCACCUCCGUAGGGACACUAGCUCCGGACUGGUGGCUUCCUUGACAGUGGACAUUCUGUGCCCUUGUAGAAGCAAUCCAAACCAUGUUUUUGAGUUUUAGGUGAAGGAAUUCCAAAGAUGCCUUAAGGGGCAAUCUGUAGUUGGCAGCCACCUAGACUCAUCUCACAGAAACCAGGAAAACGCUGUACAUUUAUUUUCACUUAAUUGAAUUUUAGUGUUUAAAUCUGGCAUGUACAACUCGGCAAAGCAUGAGUUGUUGAUGAAUCUGUUUUAGUUGGUUGGUGGUUCAUUCAAUUGUCAGUUGGAUUAAAGAUCCAGAUUUCUCAACCGUCGGUGUAAAAGUGAAUGUUUUAUUGUAGGCCGUUUAGUGUUACCUCCUGGUGGCCUUGCUAACAGUUAAGAUAUGAUGUGUUACUGGGUAGGCAGACUGUCUGCUCAGUGGGGAGGAGAUAGCUCCGCUACUUGACUGUUAUUAUUUUGGGGAGUUUUAAAUAAUUUUGUGAUUGAUGAAAACAAUAAAUGUAAUGGUUGUAUGGUUUUUAAAAUCCUUUUGUGAAGGAUUGUUGUAUAGUUCAAACAUCCUGUGGUCCUGGUUCAAGAAGAAUGAACCAUUAUCCCCACCUGCAAUCCCCCGCUCCUAAAUCCACGGGUCACUGCGUUGAUUUGUUUGUCCAUGUUCAUGUCACUUGUGUUUAGAGAGUACUAAAUAAAAACCUGUAAAGUUUCUAA